GACGCAGACCGCUAUCCAUCCCAAGACCUUUAUUUCUUUUUCUAUGCCUACUUCUCUCCUCGAAAGAAGCGAAGGGAGAAGAAAAAAGAAGUCCGCUUUCAGUAUAGUAACAUGAACAAACACAACAAAGCCGAGUUUCCUUGUCGAGUCUCGAAGCUCAUAGUUUCAUUAUUCAUACGCUUUGACAAAAUACCCGAAUAAAAUAUCUGUCUGCAAGCAUACUACCCCUCUCAGAGAUUUCCGCACACAAAGGAUAGUACAGGACAAAGUACUGGUAAACUAACCUCUCCUUUCUCACCAACGCCCAACCUGCACAAAUAUAACAUCCAUCUAGAAUCCAACCAAAAAAUGCCACGGUCAGGCGGCCUUAUAGAAAAUUACCUUGAUCAUAUAAACGGCAGUUUAUCGGGUAGUAGAACACAAAACAACUCGCCGACUGUAGAGCGAAGCGGGAAAAAAACGCUCGCCGACGAACUCGCAGACCUUGACGACGAAUUCGACAGCGAAGAAGACAGCGGAGACGACGGAGAAGACGAGGAAUAUUCCUCCGAAGAAUCAGAAACUUCUCUUCAACGUGAAGCUCGUGAAGAAGUUGACCGAGUCGUUGCGCUUCAUGAGAAAUUUUUAAAAGAUAACAAUAUCCGUAACGAUUUUGUGGACGGAAAGAAUACAAAAAUUUCACCUCAGACUGUACCCGUAUCGAUGGCUCAACGGGCUUUUUCACUGCCGGAGACUAGACGGCAAAAUAUCUCUGCAUCCCAGACCAGCCCAACACGGUCUGCUCCAGGUCCAUCUCAUAAGACGCCUCUGAGACCGCUUUCAUUUAGUUCCAUGACUACCACGGUGAGGCAUACACAGGUUCCUCCACCGGGAGUUCCUUUUAAGGAGCGAAAGCUUAUUGUGAAGCCGCCUCCACUUUCUAGGGGGUUUUUCGCUACCAUUUCGAGGGAAUACGGAUGGGCUUGGCUUUGGUGGAUCAUUAUUCCUCUGCUUCUCGCAGCUGUGGCUUUCUAUGCACGAGAACAAGACUUGGUUCUGAAACAGCGUGUUGCAGAUGCGAGAAAUGCGAGAAAUGCGAUUGUAGCAAGUGUAGAGGAAACAAAUGCAAAUGCCAUCAUUGAUAUUGCUUCGGCUAUUAGCGACGUAGCCAAGGUAAUGUUGGAUAAGAACGGAACGCUCAUGGCAUUAAAGGAUAGUCCCUUUAAUCAAGCCGUCUUGCCUAUUGCAUCAGUCCGGAAGACAAUUUUGGAAGCACAUAGGGUGGGAAGGUUUCAAAAUCUAAUUAUGCUCAUAGAUGAUUUCGUCACCAAGAAUCGAGAAUUGGAUCAUGAUUGGCGUUCUUUCCUCCAACAACAAAUCGAAGCUACAGCGGAGUUUGCGGGAGCAUUUGAUGGAUAUGCUAAGAACGCUGGUACGCAGGGAUACCGAACGGACUGGAUCAAAGCUGCGUACAAUAUUACAAUCCAUGAUGUUUCCGAUAUUUCACAAAAAGUACGCCGCGAAGGCGAACUUCUCAUGUGCGAGAUACUCGGUCAGAGAUUAAACAAGCCCAGCUGUUCCCCUGACCGCAAAAAUCUUCGACGUCUCCACUCCGAACUCACGCAUGAACUCAUCCUCGCCCAGUUUUGGGGUUCAAACGAGGCUCUCGAGAUAUACGCGGCAGCUCUCACGGAUAUAGCCAAGGGCACUGAGGAAACACUCAAAACCUGGGAAAAUGCGUUGUUUAAAAUUUUGGCAGCAAAAAGAAAUUAUAAUCAUGAAUAUGGCAUAGGGAAUGUGGAAGGAGUGGCUCAAAAGUUGGAAAGUACCGCAAAAACUCUAACAGAAGCAAUGGAAAGUUCUUUGGUCUACCUGAUGGCAGCUCCAGAAUUCCCGGCGGCUGUUAGAAGACUAGCUGAGUCAAAAAUUCGGACACUAACUUUACAAUAAUGUGGCCUUGCCAGUUAUUGUUGGAGGUCCGUUCGUGCAAAAGAUAGACGUAUUUUGAUGUUUGAGGGCGUUGAGAAUUGCUAUUGAUUUUGCUGUUGCUAUUGCUAUUGCUGUUGAUAUGCAUUCAUUGGACCUUUGGUCUGUAUCUAGAAACCAUCCAGGUUGCAGUGAUGAAGCAUAAUACAUACAUAUGAAUCCAUGAUUGGACUAGCACUUGCCAUGCGUGAAUCAGUUUAGAAGAUGGUAAAUUGCAUUUAAAUGCACUUUUCUGCGAGCGCGUGAAGCCAAU